UGGACUAAUGAUCUCCUAUACAAUAGGACACAGCUCCAACAGGUUUCCAUAAUUAUAAGCUCUAAAGAAACCUCACAUUUCUCUCAAAAAACUUGCUAGUCCACUUUGGUCAUCAAGAUUCAGUGGCAAUGGCAAGUUCAACACCAUUAUUGAAAGAUGAGCUUGAUAUAGUAAUACCAACAAUUAGAAAUCUUGAUUUCUUGGAGAUGUGGAGACCUUUUUUUCAACCAUACCAUUUAAUUAUUGUUCAAGAUGGUGAUCCUUCAAAGACAAUUAAUGUUCCUGAAGGUUUUGAUUAUGAGCUUUAUAAUAGGAAUGAUAUUAACAGGAUUUUGGGUCCUAAAGCUUCUUGUAUCUCUUUUAAGGAUUCUGCUUGUAGGUGCUUUGGUUAUAUGGUGUCUAAGAAGAAGUAUAUCUAUACUAUUGAUGAUGAUUGCUUUGUGGCCAAAGACCCAUCUGGCAAAGAUAUCAAUGCGCUUGAACAGCACAUAAAGAACCUCCUUUGUCCAUCUACCCCGCAUUUCUUCAACACUCUGUAUGAUCCAUACAGAGAGGGUGCAGAUUUCGUUCGUGGAUACCCUUUCAGUAUGCGUGAAGGGGCUCACACAGCUGUUUCUCAUGGCCUUUGGCUCAACAUCCCCGACUAUGAUGCACCCACACAACUUGUUAAGCCUCGUGAGAGGAACACCAGAUAUGUAGAUGCAGUUCUAACCAUUCCCAAAGGCACUUUGUUUCCUAUGUGUGGAAUGAAUUUGGCGUUCAACCGUGAUCUGAUCGGACCAGCAAUGUACUUUGGGCUCAUGGGUGAUGGGCAGCCAAUCGGUCGUUACGAUGAUAUGUGGGCUGGCUGGUGUACUAAGGUCAUAUGUGAUCAUUUGGGCCUAGGAAUCAAGACGGGUCUGCCCUACAUAUGGCACAGCAAAGCAAGCAACCCUUUUGUUAACCUGAAAAAGGAGUACAAAGGCAUCUACUGGCAAGAAGAGAUCAUCCCGUUUUUCCAGGCUGUAACCCUUCCUAAAGAGUGCACAAGUGUCCAGCAGUGCUACAUCGAACUCGCGAAACAGGUCAAUGCUAAACUAUCCAACACAGAUCCCUAUUUCACGAAGCUAGCAGAUGCCAUGAUCACUUGGAUCGAAGCCUGGGAUGAGCUGAAUCCUACCGGGGAAAACUUGGCCAAGCUAUCCAUCUCGAGUGGCAAGGCAAAGUAGAUUGCAGUUAGCUUUUGGCCUUUUUUUCUAACGUCCUAACAGGUAGAGUUGGGCGGUCCUGGAUAACUUAUUUAUCUAUUUUACAUGUUUAAUUUUGGUUGAGGAUUUAUUUCACACUGCUAUUUAGACUCUAGCUUUCGCUUCCGUCCUUUGAGACAUUGUGUUAUUUAUUCGUUAGACUUGAUUCUAUAAAGUUAGAGGUUAUCUAUUCCGAGUAAAACUGUUUAAUUA